GUGCUGUUUUUAAUAAUAACUUCGUUCUGAUUUUGGCUCUCUUUUCUAUCGUUGCGAAGUGGAGAAGAGAGGAGUGAAACAGCUCAUUCAUUUUCAUCUCUUGUAAAAAUGACGUCGUUUAUGGCUUCUCCAACCAUUUCAACAAUCUCUAGAGCUUCCUUUCCAGCCACGACCAGCCUAAGCUCCUUUUCUCAUAAUCGCUCGCGUAAGUUUCGUAUCACGUGCAACUAUGUAGAGGCAAAUGUAAAGGAUGAUGUUCGAUCUGCUACAAUUGAUGUUGUUGCAGAUGUAAAGACAGAACGGGUUGUAGUCUUAGGAGGCAGUGGUUUUGUCGGCUCUGCAAUAUGCAAGGCCGCUGUAUCCAAGGGCAUAGAGGUUAUAAGCCUAAGCAGGCUGAAACUUUCAUCAUUCUUCAGGUCAGGGCGCCCUACUUACCCAGGUUCAUGGGUAGAUCAGGUGAACUGGAUACCAGGUGAUGUCUUCUAUGCAAACUGGGAUGAUGUUCUUGUUGGCACCACUGCUGUGGUUUCAACUCUUGGAGGUUUUGGCAGUGAAGAACAGAUGCUAAGAAUUAAUGGUGAGGCUAAUGUUGUCGCAGUUAAUGCUGCAAAGGAUUAUGGAAUUCCGAAAUUUAUCCUGAUCUCAGUGCAUGAUUACAAUCUACCAUCAUUUUUACUCUCGUCCGGAUACUUUACAGGAAAGAGGAAAGCAGAAACAGAGGUUCUUGCUAAGUAUCCAAACUCUGGUGUUGUGUUAAGACCUGGUUUCAUCUAUGGAAAAAGGAGGGUCAAUGGCUUUGAGGUUCCUCUGGAUUUAAUUGGGGAACCUGUCGAGAGAAUUCUCCGUGCUACUGAAAACUUCACCAAACCAUUCAGUUCUCUUCCAGCAUCAGAUCUUCUCUUGGCACCACCCGUUAGUGUGGAGGAUGUUGCACUAGCUGUAAUAAACGCAGUCACAGAUGAUGACUUCUUUGGCAUCUUUACAAUAGAACAAAUCAAGGAAGCUGCAGAAAAAGUAAUGGCUUGGUCUCCCCUUGGGACAUUACUGCUGUGAUGGAUGAUGCCUCUUGGUUUUAGCUAGAUCCGGGUUUUGCGCCCCCUCUCCAAUAGGGUGGAUUGUAAACGUUCCUCUUCAUCUGAUCUGCACAGGAUUCUGUAUUCUGAUAUGUUCGGUUAAUGGAAAAUCUCAAUUUUUCUGAUAAAAAAAAAAAAAGAAAAAAAAGGUAUCAGAUGUUA